UGGGUGACGACUGGAGAGGCUGCGGCCGGGCUGGGUGAGCGUGGGUGCCCGCCGCCCCGCUGCAGAGAUUUUUGCUGUGAGAAUUACCAGUAACAGUUCAGUAUGGAAGACAUUCUGGCUCAUGAAUCUGAAUUACUUGGACUAGUGAAAGAGUAUUUAGAUUUUGCUGAAUUUGAAGAUACCUUAAAAACAUUUUCAAAGGAAUGCAAAAUAAAAGGAAAACCAUUAUGUAAAACAGCAGGUGGAUCUUUAAGAGACUCCAAAUCAUUGAUAAUUCAGAAGGAUCUCCUCGCUGCAUUUGACAAUGGAGAUCAGAAGGUGUUCUUCGAUUUGUGGGAGGAGCACAUUCCCAGUUCCAUCCGAGACAGUGACUCCCUUGCUCAGAAGCUGGAAUUCUAUCUUCACAUUCAUUUUGCCAUCUAUCUUCUGAAACACUCUGUAGGGAGACCGGACAAAGAGGACCUGGAUGAAAGGAUUUGUUAUUUCAAAACCUACCUGGAGACCAAAGGGGCAGUGUUGAGCCAGACCACAGAGUUUCUUCCUUUCUACGCCCUUCCUUUUGUUCCCAACCCUACGGUACACCCCUCAUUUAAAGAACUUUUCCAGGAUUCCUGGACUCCAGAGUUAAAGUUGAAGUUGGAAAAGUUUCUAGCUUUAAUUUUUAAUGCCAGUAACACUCCAAAGCUUUUAACAAUAUAUAAGGAGAAUGGACAAAAUAACAAAGAAAUGUUACAGCAGCUCCACCAGCAGCUGGUCGAAGCUGAACGUAGGUCUGUGACGUACCUGAAACGAUACAACAAGAUCCAGGCAGACUACCACAAUCUCAUUGGAGUCACGGCAGAGCUGGUGGAUUCUCUAGAGGCCACAGUCAGUGGCAAAAUGAUCACUCCUGAGUACCUGCAGAGCGUCUGUGUCCGCCUCUUCAGUAACCAGAUGCGGCAGAGCCUGGCACACAGCGUGGACUUCACGAGGCCUGGGACGGCUUCAACCAUGCUACGAGCCUCUUUGGCACCCAUGAAGUUGAAGGAUGUCCCAUUACUGCCUUCCCUGGAUUAUGAGAAACUGAAGAAGGAUUUGAUUUGGGGGAGUGACCGCUUGAAAGCCUUCUUGUUGCAGGCUCUGCGCUGGCGCUUGACCACAUCCCAUCCUGGAGAGCAGAGGGAGACUGUUCUGCAAGCCUACAUCAGCAACGACCUCUUGGACUGUCAUAGCCACAACCAGAGGAGCGUGCUUCAGUUGCUGCACUCCAGGAGUGAGGUGGUGCGGCAGUACACGGCCAGGCUCAUCAAUGCUUUCGCGUCACUGGCCGAAGGUCGUCGUUACCUUUCCCAGAACACAAAGGUGCUGCGGAUGCUGGAGGGAAGGCUGAAGGAGGGGGACAAGGACAUCAUCACCCGGGAGAAUGUUCUUGGGGCCCUGCAGAAGUUCAGCCUCAGGCGGCCGCUGCAGACAGCGAUGAUUCGUGAUGGCCUCAUCUUCUGGCUGAUCGAUAUUCUGAAGGACCCCGACUGCCUGUCUGACUACACACUGGAGUACUCGGUGGCUUUGCUCAUGAACCUCUGCCUUCGGAGCGCAGGGAAGAACAUGUGUGCCAAGGUGGCAGGCCUUGUGCUGAAAGUUCUCUCAGAUCUGCUUGGCCAUGAAAACCACGAGAUCCAGCCAUAUGUGAAUGGAGCUCUGUACAGCAUCCUUUCUAUUCCAUCUAUCCGAGAGGAAGCAAGAGCGGUGGGAAUGGAAGACAUUCUACGCUGCUUUAUCAAGGAAGGCAAUGCUGAGAUGAUUCGCCAGAUAGAAUUUAUCAUCAAGCAGCUUAAUUCCGAAGAGCUCGUGGACGGUGUCCUUGAAUCUGAUGAUGAUGAAGAGGAAGAUGAUGAAGAGGACCAGGACACCAUGGAAGCUGAUCUAGACAAAGACGAGCUGAUCCAACCUCAGCUUGGAGAACUCUCAGGCGAGAAACUUCUGACCACAGAAUAUUUGGGGAUCAUGACCAACACGGGCAAGACAAGGCGAAAAGGGCUGGCCAGUGUACAGUGGAGUGGGGACGAGCCCCUGUGCCGGCCUGUCACCCCCGGCGGCCACAGGAACGGGUACCCAGUGUAAGUCCAGGCUAAAGGAGACAGGAACUUGUUUUCUGAAACUUCAUUUUGAUUAAG